AUGUUCCUUAUGAAUGCUUCUCCUUUGGUAGCUCUUCAGACGAAAUGGGAGUCCUUUGGACCAGCAAGGAAUUGUAGGUAUCCCGUUUGCUUCUCUGAAUCUGAAGGGGACGUCACUAGAACCUCCGUCAGUGCGAAAGUUCAGAUGAUCAUAAACAACCUGCAAAGUCAAGAGUCUCCCCUGGGUAUGAACAAUGAGUAUGAUCGUAUUAUGCAGAAGAAACAAAAGGGAGAAAAGGGCAGUAGUAACAGAGUCGCACCUAGCGCCCCGUUGCUGCGGAAGCAUCCUCAAUAUACCAGGUGUGGAUGCCCUGGUGAUUCGGACGACACCGAAGUGGAAGAGAACGUGGGGUUUGGGACUCUCUUGCUCGAUUCUGACAGCGACGAUUCCGUGGACCGAGGUAUAGAGGAAGCCAUUCAGGAGUACUUGAAAGCAAAAAGCAAAAGUGACCCGUCCUUGCAAAGGAAUGCAGAGUGUUCUGAGAAUAUAAGCAGAGACAAAAGGUUUAAGAGAGAAUUCUCCCAGAACAAAGUGGCUAGUAACCUUCUCCCUGUGAAAUUUAAAGCUGAGAUGCUCUCUGAAGAGUACCUGUCUGACCACCUGGGCAUUGGUAAAAGGCUACAGCCUGCUUCCCCUCAGAGCAUCAGCAGCGAUGACUCUUUUGAACAGAGCAUACAGGCUGAAAUAGUGCAGUUCUUGAAUGAGAAGAAGCAGCAAGAAAUUAGUAAAUGUGUAACUGGGGAGGAUAAAAAAGAUCCCCGUGUGAGAUCUGUCCUGAAAUGCAACAAAGAAACACCAAAACCCAACAGUGGUGCUAUAAAGCGAGGUUGUAACGCGCUGCUCUUGAGGCACCACCCCAAGCUGCAGAAGACCAGCACGCAGUCCAAGUGUUUGCCGUCCAAAAUCCAGGAAGAGCCUGGUGAUUUCAGCCGAGUGAACCAAGCGUAUCUGGAAAUGGCCGCGGCCAGCCAGCCCUGGUUAGUGGAGCAAAAGGCGGAAAGCGGAGCUAAUUACUGGGAGACGAGGGGAGCACUGCUGGACGAGAGCGUGCCCACGUCUGACUCGAGCAGCGAUGAUGGCAUUGAAGAAGCCAUUCAGCUUUAUCAGCUGGAGAAAAUCAGGAAAGAGGCAGGUCAUGCGACAGACUGUGUCCCUUUGCAGCGGGAACAAUUUGAUGCAAAGGGAAUGGCGGACAUUUCCGCAAGCCUGACAAUUAGCUCAACAAAAAGUGCCUCACAAGAAAUCCCUAAAAGCCCUCUAAGCAACAAGAGGAAAGAAAUCCAUUCAAAGUCGACAGAGUUAGAAAGCACCAGCAGUGAAUUUAACAAGCUGUUUAAACCACUGAAAAAACCCAGACAUUUUGCACCUCCGGAAAACAAGCUUGCUGCUUGCGAGCUCACGUUGCAGGCCUCUUGCAGAGCCGACACAUCUGCAGAACUCAUGUGUGCGGAAGCUAUCCUCGAUAUUUCCAAAACAAUCAUGCCGUCCCAAAUGGGAAGCGACAACAGAUCGCUCGCUGCGGACUCCUUCUUUUCUCCCCAGCUUCUGUCGUCCUCCCGUGGUGAAAGUGACAGCAGCCUCGUGGACAGCGAUGAUAGCAUAGAGCAAGAAAUCAGGGCUUUUUUGGCUCUGAAAGCACAGUCAGAGAAUCUUGGAACAAAGCCUCCCGGGCUGUCGCACUCAAUCCAGAUGCCUUUGCCUUCUGAUCAAAACAGCCUCGCCGGUACCCUUGAGCCUUCUCUUCCCAAAACACUGAAGCUAUCACUGAGUCGUAAAAGGAGACUGAAAAGGGAAGGCAGCAGAGCGAAACAAGGUGCAUCAAAACCACCGGAACAGCUGGAGACAGGACUUUUCCAGCCAGGUAACUAUUCAAAAUUUCCUGUGCUCCAAGAGGAGUGUGCCCCGAGCAGCCCUGCGGAACUCGGCGAUGCUCAAAGGCUCAGUGGUAAAGAGACGAGGCAGCAGCAGCUGGUGUCUUCCAAGUUGUCUGGAUCUGAUGGCAAAUCUGUGGCCUUGGACUCUGUAAACCCUUUUAUGCAGGUUCAGAGUAGCACGAGAAAGCGUAUGAAAAAUACCAUCCAAAGUCAAGAAAGGGAUGGUUCGGAUGAUGAGAGCAGUUCUCUGGACAGUGAUGAGGACCUUGACAGUGCUAUCAAGGACCUCUUACGGUCUAAAAAAAAAUUAAAGAAGUCAUCCAAGGACCAGAAAUCUCAGUGCAAGAAGAGAGUCAGGUUUAGCGAGACAGAAACUCGGCUGCUAGAUGAAUUUAGUAGCCUCCAACAAAACGAGUGGAAAUGUAAAAAUCCCGUGCUGCUGAAAAGCUGCCUCUCAAAACCUAGAAAGGCCGUGAAAGAGAAUGCAGUCAGAAAUCCUCCAGACAGCGUAAACGUCAAACUUGGCAAUGAAAACCCAGAAACCAUGAAGAACUUAGGGUUUAACUUGCAGCUUAAAAAAGGGUAUAAACCUAAACCAAUUCCAAACCAGAAUAACCUGCAGGUAGCUAAAAAUAAAAAACGUGCUUUCACAGCCGCGUCGGACGCUGAUGACAGCAGUUCAGUGGACAGCGACGACAGCAUCGAACAAGAAAUUAGGAAGUUCUUGGCAGAAAAGGCUAAAGACUCCGCAAGCAGUUCAGAGAUGCAGAAAGAUGAUGCAACUCUGGAUCUGUUGAGAGCGACCAAACAGACUGCUAAUAAAGGAAAAGCAAAGCCACAGCCCGUUGAAAGUGAGGUUGACCUCGUGCUGGGCCAGGGUAAAAAGACUGAGGUGUCUCAGCAAACGGGGGAGUUGAAGAACUCUGAGAGGACAGAAGGGAAAAGUGCAAUGCUCCAUGGCAGUGGGAAGUCGGCUUCCUCUGCAGAGAAUGUUAGUCUUCACGCCACCGGUCAAUCAAAAGCUAAGCAAGGAGUGGUGGAGGUUAAAGGUGGCGAGUUGUCUGGAAACACCACAGGUAAAAAGGAUGUCGCUCAUACAGAGCCUGUGCGGAAAAUGCUUCCACUUAAAACCAGCAAAAAUGAAGGUUGUCAAGUACGAAAAGUAAUUAAUGCAAAGUCUAGAGCAAAAAGAAAGAAUACCUUUCACCUAAAGAUCUCAAGUAAAUUUAUUGCAGGUCUCAAAUACGCCCGGGACAGGAAGAAAUCCAUGCUGUUGAACAAAAGGCAGAAAGCAGAGCGUUUGCUCGCCCAGAGCAGUGCAUUAGGCGCGGAGGGAGCUUCCCAGGGUACGGACGUGCCUAACCAGGGAAGAGGAGCCCCCUUGCCAAAAGGCAGAUGUAGUGGGGAGAGUCCGACAGCUAUAAAAGACGCCGAUUCUCCCCAGAGGCUCGCUGUGGGAGCGUCGAGUCCCCACGUAGCAGAAACCUGCGAAAGGCUGGAGGCUGCUCCUUUGUCUAUCGGAGGGGAAGCAGAGGGUUGCAGAAGGGCUAAUGAUUCAGGAGACCGGUCGGAUUCGCCCUCGAGUCUCUCCUCACAGGAGCAGAGCGUGGCAGAAGUCCAAGGAGAUAAGGUCUGCGGAGGAACACCCAAAGCCGAGAACACGCAGCUGUGGAUCGAGGAAGGCGAUACCCCCAAAGACACCUGGGCCGGUUCAGAUUUAGACCCCCCGCCCCCUGAACGCGGUGUGGCCGCGGUGAGAGCAGAUAAAGGUGGCAGAGAGACGCCUCAGCAGAGCCGUGCGUGCAGUAAGGGAGAGGAUAACCAGCAGGACCAGAGGCCAGAUCCGAGUUUAGGUUCCCCACUGCAGGAACGAAAUGUGACAGCAAUAACAGUGGAUAAAACGGGUGGAGGAGCGUGCACGGGUAACAGGAUGCACGUGUGCAUUGAGGAGGAAAAUGUUACGUGCCAGGACAGUGACAGGCAGGGAGAAAUUGAGGUAGCCAGCUCCAGUUUGGAAGGAAAAAUACCUGUCCUGCGGAGUAGGGAAACUGCUUGUGAAGUGGACCAAGGGCAGGAAGUGUUAGACGAAACCUGUGCAAAAUUUACUGAUGUACCUGCAGGGGACUGCUCAGAUUCCCUCUCGAAAAGAAAGGUUUCAAAUAUGUAA